CAUCGAGUAUGUAGUACAGGAGAUGCGGUCACGCCGUGAAAAAUGUGUGCAACAAAGUGUAUCGGAACGAUUGAAAUUACUUUCUCUUCUUCACACUACUUUUGGCUCUUGACGAUUGUGUAUUAGUGAUCGAAUCCCAUGUGGUCUGAUUGUUGAGGGUACGAUCGUGUUUGAGGUGUGAAUUUUGGUUAAUUAUUUGCCAUGUCGAAUAAAGGGACGAAAAAAAAAGUCAAGAUAUACCAUAAGAAAAAAUAUGAACCUGAAGAGAAGAUCAUUGAAAAACUUCAAGCUGCCUAUAAAACGGUCGAUAUUUCUAAAGUCAAGACUUUUUCCGACCUUCCACUGUCGCAGCGAACUCUAAGAGGUUUGAAAGUAAACGAUUUCCUCGAGCCGACGGAAAUUCAACGACAAAGCAUCGCUUUAGCAUUGCGUGGCCUUGAUAUUUUGGGAGCAGCAAAAACAGGCAGCGGAAAAACUUUAGCCUUUUUAAUACCGAUUUUAGAGAUUUUAUACUGUAAACAAUGGACACGAUUGGAUGCUGUUGGAGCCCUGGUUAUCACGCCAACCAGGGAGUUGGCUUAUCAAAUAUACGAAACCUUAAGAAAAGUUGGCUGUUACCAUGAUUUUUCGGCUGGUCUUAUUAUCGGCGGUAAAGAUCUGCAUUUUGAAAAAAAACGGAUGCAUCAGUGCAACAUUGUCAUCUGUACGCCUGGUAGAUUGUUGCAACAUAUGGAUGAGAAUCCAUUAUUUGACUGUGUGAAUAUGCAGGUAUUAGUUCUUGAUGAAGCUGAUCGAUGUUUAGAUAUGGGAUUCGAGCAAACGAUGAAUAGCAUUAUUGAGAAUUUGCCAUCUCAACGGCAAACACUUUUAUUUUCAGCAACGCAAACUAAGUCAGUCAAGGAUUUGGCCAGAUUGAGUUUACAUGAUCCAAUGUAUGUAUCUGUUCAUGAACAUGCCACACAUAAGACACCAGAGCGUUUACAACAGAGUUAUGUUGUCUGUAAUUUGGAGGAUAAAAUGUCAAUGUUGUGGUCUUUUGUUAGGAAUCAUUUGCGGCAAAAAAUACUUGUAUUUUUCUCCAGCUGCAAACAGGUCAAAUACGUGAAUGAUAUGUUUUGCCGUUUAAAACCAGGAGUAAGUUUGCUUGCAUUGUAUGGUACACUUCACCAGUUGAAACGAAUGGCUAUUUAUGAAGCAUUUUGCAAAAAACAGCAUGCUGUACUUUUUGCUACUGAUAUUGCCGCCAGAGGAUUAGAUUUCCCGGCGGUGAAUUGGGUAGUGCAAAUGGAUUGUCCAGAAGAUGUCAAUGCUUAUAUACAUCGAGCAGGUAGAACUGCCAGGUUCCAAAGAGGUGGAGAAUCCUUACUUGUUUUACUGCCAAGUGAGAUCAAUAUGAUUGAGCAACUGCAGGAACAUAAAGUUCCUAUUAAUGUUAUCAAAAUCAAUCCGAAUAAACUGCAGUCCCCUCACAGAAAGAUGGAAGCAUUACUUGCUAGAGAUGUGGCGCUGAAAGAGACGGCUCAGAGAGCCUUUGUUGCUUAUGUAAAAUCCGUCUUUCUUAUGAAAGACAAGAGUAUAUUCGACGUGCAUCAGCUAAAUACGGAUGCCUAUGCCAAAUCAUUGGGAUUGGCAAUACCACCCAGGAUACGAUUUCUUCAAAAAAUCAAUAAAGCGAAGGAAAAUUUACGUGCGAAAAAACUCAGUAAAUUAACCGAUUCUACAAAUUCCGAAAUAUCACAAAAACUAAGUAAUUAUAACAUCGAAUCAGAUAGUGAUUCCGAUAGAGGAUCUGGAAAUAGCAUGAGUGGCAAUGAGCCACGUGAGAAUAGUGACAAUGAAUAUCAUGCUGUUGAUUCGCGGGAUCGAAGAGACACAUUUUUUGGCAAUGAGGAUAGUGACAGUGACGAAAAUAUUCUAACUGUAAAACGGCGAGACAUAGACAUCCAAGACGGCAACGAUUCUCUGAACGAUCAUACGGAAGAUGAAUAUACUGAAAACAUAGACAAUACAAAUACAGCAAAGAAGAAAGCUGUCACAAAAGCUGCAUUAGCUAAAAAAAUUCUGAAGAAGAAAAUAGUUGCGAAUAAAAAAACUACUUUUGAUGAUGAGGGCCAGGUGAUUGUUAACCCUACAAAAUCUAAAAUGUCUGAGAGAGCACGUGAAUACGAAAAUGAAGAGAGCUCUGGGAUUGAUAUUGAAAAAGCAAAGGCGAUACUACGUGAGGAGGAUCGUUUUGAUAAAGAACGAUUCAAAGAAAGAAUAAGAGCAAAACAUCGGGAAGAGAAACAGAAACUGAAAGCUAGCAGAAAGAAGGUUCAUGAGGAGGUAGAACAAGAAGGAGAGGAUGUAGAGGGUGAAGGAGAUAGUGAUGGUAGUAGCGAUGAGAACGAGCCAGACCUGUCCUGGUUGCCAGAUCCAGAUAAAAUUUAUGGCAAACGCGAGGAUACCGAUGCUAUUCAAUUCGAUAAUGCCAGUGAAGAUACUGACGAAAUUGACAGAAUACCCAAAAGAAAGUUGUUAGAUAAUGAAGAAAUAAACGGAAAGAAAAAUAGAAAAAAGGCUAAAUUGUGCGAUAAGAAUGUUGGUCUUAGUCUACUCGAAGAUGAAGAGCUUGCUUUACAACUUCUGAAAAAUCGAUUUAUAAAGUAAGAAUGCUUUACGAGACGAAGUACAAAUUUUAAAAUGACAAAGCAAAUAGGAAGUCUUAUGACAGCCCAUUAAAAUGAUGUUACCAAGUUUAUCAUUUAUUUAACUGAAACAUACAAAUGAAGUACAUCA